AUGGCAGGUCAAGAAAUGAGAGGUGCUGAUUGUGGCCCUCCUGAUAUGAUAUGCGCUGUCCCGGCUUUUUGGGUAGGUUUACUGUAUGAUGAGAUUUCACUACAGAAUGUUGUAGAUAUGUCGUUGGCCAGCACUCUUCUUCGAAAAGAUGUGCUGAAGUGGGCAAAGGAUGGAUUGGACAGAAGAUGCUUCAAUGAAUCUGUCUUCUUGGAUCCAUUGAAGGAAGUGGCUGGGACAGAUAUCUAA